AUGGCCGACACACCGACGGGCGGCGCCGACGGAAAGCCGAACAAGCGCAGCCAUGCCGAGUUUGCGGAGCGCGAGGGCAGCGCAGAAGACGGCUCGGGCUCCGAGUCAGGUUCUGGUUCCGACUCCGACUCCGACUCUGAUGAUGACAUGGGCCCGCAGCUGCCGUCGGCUACCGCAGCUGCGGCCGCGCCCAAGAAGAAGCGGCGCGUCCUGAAGCAUGAGAAGCUGUUUGUGUCGGCGCUGCCGGCGUCGCAACGCUACUCCAAGUCGCUCAUGCACAAGGAGCAGCUGUCGUUCCUGACGCUCACGCCGGGGACCGAUUUCCUGAUCACGACGUCUGUCGACGGCGUCGUCAAAUUCUGGAAAAAGGUGGCCGAAGGCAUUGAGUUUGUCAAGCAGUUCAGCGCGCACCAAGGCCCCAUUGCGUCCGUGUCGGCCAGCCGCGACGGCCGCAGUUUUGCAUCGGCUGGUGCCACCGACUCCACGAUCAAGAUCUUCGACGUGGCGACGUUCGACCUUCUGUCCAUGAUCGCCAUCGACUUUGUGCCCCGCUGCAUUUGCUGGGUGCACCGGCGCGGCGCGUCGCUGCCUCUUCUGGCGGUGGCGGACGCGGAGUCGUCCGCUAUCCACAUCUACGACGGGCGGGGCGAGGCAGCAGCCGCGACGUCCAAGAAGCCGCCAACCGAUGCUGCCGUUGUCGACGACGUCGCGCCUCAGAAGCCUAUCCACACCAUCAAAUCCAUGCACCGCACCCCCGUCACGCUCAUGGCGUACAACGAACCCUACGACUGCGUCGUGUCCGCGGACAGCGGCGGCAUGGUCGAGUACUGGCGUCCCAACGGCACGUACGAGAAGCCCGACAACGUCUUUCGCCUCAAGAGCUCAACGAGCCUAUUUGAGUUCAAGAAGAACAAAACUGUGCCGACGGCGCUCGCCCUCUCGCCCACGGGACAGCAGUUCGCCACACUCAGCAUGCCCGACCGCAAAGUGCGCCUCUUUGACUUUGCCACGGGCAAGCUGACCCGCACGUACGACGAGUCGCUGCGCACCCUCGAGGACAUGCAGCAGGCCGGCACGGCGCUGCGCCAGCUGGACGCGGUGGAGUUUGGUCGCCGCCUGGCCGCCGAGCACGAGCUCGAGUCGGACGCGCUGCGCAACAAGGCCAAUGUGGUCUUUGACGAGUCUGGCCAUUUCUUGCUGUACGGCUCCAUGCUCGGCAUCAAGGUCGUCAACACAGUUACGAACCAGGUCGUCAAGCUGUACGGCGCCGACGAGCACAUCCGUCCGCUGCAGCUGGCGCUCUACCAGGGCCAGCCGCAGAAGAAGGGCGUCACCACGGUGGCCAUGGCCGCGUCGAGCAAUCCGCUGCUGCAGGAAUCGGAAGUGCGCGAUCCAAUUUUGGUCGCCACGGCCGUCGGCAAGGCGCGCUUCUAUAUGUUCACCAACCAGGUGGACAUCCCCAAGGGCAACGCCCGUGACAUUCUGAACGAGAGGCCCACAGUGUCUGGCCAGGGCAAGGGCAGCAAGAAGCAGGGCGCCGCGGACAGCAAGGAGGCCGCGUCGGGCACCAACGCCAUUAUGCACACGACGCACGGAGACAUCCACAUCCGCCUGUUCCCUGGCUCGGCGCCCAAGGCGGUCGAGAACUUUGUGACGCACGCCCGCCGCGGCUACUACAACAACACCAUCUUCCACCGCGUCAUCCGCCAGUUCAUGAUCCAGGGCGGCGACCCCAUGGGCGACGGCACCGGCGGCGACAGCAUCUGGGGCCAUACGUUUGAGGACGAGUUCAGCUCGCUCAAGCAUGACAAGCCGUACACCGUCAGUAUGGCCAAUGCAGGGCCGAACACCAACGGCAGCCAGUUUUUUAUCACCACGGUGAAAACACCCUGGCUUGACAACAAGCACACAAUCUUUGGCCGCGUCCACCAGGGUACGGACGUGGUGCACCGCAUUGAGAACACACGCACGUUCAAAGAGCGGCCCGAAGAAGACAUCAAGAUCCUCAGCAUCGACGUCCAAUAG